AAAAUGAAGGGGGACGAUCAUUAUGAUCCAAAUUACAUUUUUAGAGCUUUAGCAAAGGAUUUGGUAAUUGCUGUGAUGUUUUGUGAUUUGGUUAGCCUAAUUUGUCUCACUGUUAAAUUCUACAUCUCAUUAGAUAAGUGGCUAAAAAAAGUGUUAUUAUAUCAUAUAAAAUAUGAAAUCGAAAUAAACACAAAGUUGACAUCAUUACAGUCAAUCGCUAAUUCUUUAUUUAAAUACUCAAAAAAUAGAAGCCUGGGCUUCAUCAGAACAUGUUUCUGAAAAUUACUUUCAUAUAUAGAAAUAUACGUCAUUAAAUGACUAUAAUAACACUAGAAUAUUUUUUAAAGGCACAGAGAGUCAAAGGUUCUGCAUGUAUGCCACUCACCUGUGACAGGUACGAUAAGCAGGGAAUUUUUCCGUGCGUAAACAUGUCAGCCAAUCAGGACAGCCAUGCGUUUCUACGUCAGCACUCUUUCACGCUCUGUCACCUGAAGCUGUGAAACUCACCUGUGAGCGCGCACUGGGCUGGGCGCGGAAGCUCAACAUGUGGGGGUUCAUCUCGUACCUGAACAGCCCCGAGCUGGUGGCCGGCUUCCAGCGGAGCUUCGGUCUGGUUCCGAUGGACACGUGCUCGUAUGUUAGUCAAAACGGACUCGUACACUCGAAUGGAUCCGGUAAGGACGGUCCGGUCACGAUCCAUCGGCGCAAAGCGGAGCAGGUGGCGAACGGGACGUCACGCGCACACGACAGUAACUCCAACUAUAAAUCCGCCAGUUCACAGUAUGAAACCAAAGGCGAAGAACAUCACAGGCCUCGUUAUGAGGUGAGGAACUGGCUCUUCUAUUUCCUGUUUGUGACAUCAGCCACUCUGGGGCAUGAGGUCUUUUACAUCACCUUCCUGCCCUGCAUCCACUGGAACCUCGACCCAUUUCUGUGCAGGCGGCUUGUCAAUGUGUGGGCUGUGGUGAUGUAUAUUGGACAAGUGAUGAAGGAUAUUUUAAAGCUUCCGCGUCCUCCAUCUCCCCCCGUGGUCAAACUGGAGACGCGUGUGGACGCGGAGUACGGGAUGCCAUCCACGCACGCCAUGGCAGCGACAGCCAUCUCAUUUACACUGCUUCUCAGCGCUCAGGAGAGAGUGAAGUUCCCGUUUGAACUGGGACUGAUUGUGGCCAUGGUUCUGUCUGCGCUGGUGUGUCUGAGCCGUCUUUAUACCGGCAUGCACUCUGCUCUGGAUGUGAUCUGUGGCGUUUUAAUUUCUGCUGUCAUCAUGGCUGUGUUGUACCCGUACUGGGGAACCAUUGACUACCUGCAGCUGCACAAUCCUCUCUCCCCCGUGGUGGGGUUGGUUCUGCCCCUCUUCCUGUCCUAUAAGUACCCCAAGCUAGACCAUUACAGCACCACACGGGGGGACACCACCAUUAUUUUAGCUUGCUGUUCGGGAUGUUCAGUUGGAUACUGGGUGAAUGAGCGAUUGGGCUUGACCUUUGACCUAGCCGGGCCUUUUCCAGUGACCCUACCACCGCUGACCCUCGUGGCCUUGGGUCUCGGUGUUGCACGGUUCCUGGUCGGGGUAGGGAUGCUGGUCCUGACCCGGCAGACGGUGCGCUGGGCGAGUCUGCGGGUGCUCUGUCGAAUUAACGGAGCGUCUGUGAGUGAUGUUGAUGCACGCAGGAGGAAAGAGAUCGAGGUGCCGUAUAAGUUCAGCACGUAUGUUGCCAUCGGACUGGUCAACAGUAUCUUAGUGAACAGAGUCUAUGUGAUGAUGGGACUCUGGGAUUUGGGAAAUUCGGUGUAAUUACACAGUGUUUACAGGCAAGUUUGAACAUAAUCUCACUCAAUAAUUAAUUCUGAGGGAGAAAUUCACUUUAGUCUUCAUUCAGGAUUGGUUGGCACAUAUAAAUUAUCACAUUGAACAGUAGUCUGUUGAAUCUACUAGCUGUAUUUUAUCAGGUUUUGUGGCUUGAUUUUGAAGGGAAUAUUCUUGGUGAAAUACAAGCUAAAGGUUAACAGUCUAAUUUCUGUCUA